AUGUCCUCACUCGCUAUACGUGAAUUUACCGAGUUCGCCCUUGACGGGAAUAAUUAUCUAACUUGGAAAUUAGAUGUUGAGAUGCAUCUUGCUUCCAAAUCACUGAGUGAGACUAUAGUUGCCCCGUCACGGAGCACUGAUGCCCAGAAGGCACAAGCACUCAUCUUCUUACGCCACCAUUUAAACCACAACCUUAAGAACGAAUACUUAACCGAAAAAGACCCUUUGGUCUUAUGGACAUCCCUCAUGGAUCGUUUUGACCAGCAAUCUUCCAUAAUCCUUCCUCAGGCACAAUUUGACUGGCUUAACCUCCGGUUUCUGGAUUUUAAAUCCGUAACUGAUUAUAACUCAGCGCUCCACAAAAUUGUCUCGCAGCUCAAACUGUGUAAACAGACGAUUGAAGAAAGAGAUCUCAUUGAGAAGACUCUAUCUACUUUCCAUGCGAGUAGCCUUGUACUCCAGCAGCAGUACAGGGCAAAGAAUUAUGUAAAACAUUCUGAGUUAAUUUUUGCACUCCUUUUUGCUGAAAAACAUAAUCAGUUAUUGAUGAAAAAUCACAAUGCACGACCGAUUGGGUCUGCACCAGUGCCGGAAGCACAUAAUGUUGCCCAGACGAGCAACUUCAGGGGGGCCGAGGAAGGGGUCCUGGUAGGGGUCAUGGUCGUGGCAGAGGUCCAAGUUUCAACAAUGAGCCUCAAGCCCAAAAUAGUAAGAAGAAUGAUCAAGCUCGUCGAGGACGAUCGAGCUCAUCGAGGCAUAACUCUGACCAGAAACAAGUUUGUUAUAGAUGUGGAUGUGAAGGGCACUGGUCCCGCACAUGCCCCACUCCUACACACUUAG